AUUCGUCUUAAUGUCAAUGCAAUAAUCAGUUCUCAUCGAGUCACAUCGAGUGUAAUAUCAUUAAACAAGUGUAAUUAUAAAUAAACAACAUUUUUUAAAAAUAUGUAGAUAUAAUCCAAUAAUACUAUGUUUUCAUUUGAAAAUCUUUAUCAGCGAAGAAGUAGGAAUACCGGUAACUUUAACUGGUGACGAGUGAACUGAAUUUUCAACAUAUUGCACAACGUUUCGCAUUUUUUUGAUUCUCUAUUAUCUAAGAAAUCAAAAUGCCUGAAUUACCACGCAUCACACGUACAUUGCGAAUGUUCACUAACUUAGAUCGUACAAAAAAGUUAUUAGAUCUUGCUCCUAAUAAUAUAAUAAAAAAGCGGGAAGAACAAACAAGUAAAUUAAAAAGCGGUUCGAGUUGGUUUGAAUUAUGUAAAAUUGCCCCAAGUGCAAUUUUAUCUUUGCUUAAUAAAUUACAUGAUAUUGCUAACAAGAUUUUUAGUGGUCAUUCAAGCGAUGUCAUUAAUGAAUUUGCUAUAUUUACUCUGCGUCUAUUAAUAGAUUCAGAUUGUAUAUCCAAAAAACAAUUAGAACUUUUAUGUCAUAUGGCGAGUAAUUUAACAGAACAAGAUAUAAAUAAUAUUAAGCAGAUAAUUGCAGAUAUUCGCGAAAAAUUAGACCAAGAUGCACUUACACAUUUGAUUAAAUCAACCAACAAUACUACAAAUUCCAAAAAUUCCGAAAUGAAUUAUUUUGGAUCCAAACUUUCUUAUAAUUCGGCAAAAGUACUCUGGCCCGAUACUGGUAGACUUCGUAAUAUGAUACAUUUAGGACAACAUACUGAUUCAUUUACCAUGGCUUACGAAACGAAAGUUCCUCCACCAAACAAAGAUGAGUAUUCAUUGCAAUUCAACAAGUCAGUAUUUAUAAAAGGUUUAAAAAAUUGUUAUAAGAAAUAUUCGACAGAGGUGACUUUUGACAAUUUUGGUUCAGUAAUAGUAUCAAAAUUAGUAAAUUCUGAGAAUUUUGAAAAUGAAUUGUUUGACUUAUUGGGUUAUGAACACAUUGAAUUUAUACAGUAUAUUAUUGAGCAUAGAAAGGCAAUCAUAAGUUUUUAUGGUUCUCAAAAAUCAUCAAAGCAACUACCAUCCGCUCAAGGACCGGUGAUCAGCGGGCAAGUAACUGUACAAUCUGAAGUAGAGAAGCAAUUACUGAAACAAGUGCGUAAAGAAGAAAAAAAAUUUAAUAAAAUUUCGAAUAAGAGAGAUGGAAAAACUGAUGAAGAAGAUAUUGUAAUUGAUCCAAUCGAAUUACGUUUAAAAAGAAAAGAAGCAUUAACAGCGAUGUCUACUCCAAUUUUUCCCAGAAGAAAUGUAAUUUCAGAAAGAAGAGAGAAUUUCCCAUUCGUUUUUGAUUCUAAAGCAAUUAUUGAAAAUAUGGCAAGCUUUAUUUCAGGACAAAAACUCAUGUUACCAGAAAAUGUACAGAUAAAACACACGCAAUUAGGGGAAGAAGUUCAUAUACCUAUUCCAAAUUUACAAAGCGUCGAUAUUCAAAUCGAUCCUGUUAUGAUUUCUUCCUUGGACGAAAUCGGACAAAUUGCUUUCACUGGCAUAACAUCAUUAAAUCGAAUACAAAGUAUAGUAUUUAACGCAGCAUACAACACAAAUGAAAAUUUAUUAAUUUGUGCUCCUACUGGUGCGGGUAAAACUAACGUUGCCAUGCUAAGUAUAAUUCAUGAAAUAAGACAACAUAUGACACAAGAUACUGCACAAAAUCAAUUCAAAAUUAUUUAUAUAGCACCGAUGAAAGCAUUAGCAGCAGAAAUGACUGCUAAUUUUAGCAAAAGACUAAAUCGUCUCGGUAUAUCUGUACGCGAAUUAACUGGCGAUAUGCAAUUAACGAAACUAGAAAUUCAACAAACUCAUAUGAUAGUAACGACCCCUGAAAAAUGGGAUAUUGUAACAAGAAAAGGUACAGGAGAUAUUGCUCUUACAAGUAUCGUGAAGCUACUCAUUAUAGAUGAAGUUCAUUUACUGCACGGCGAUAGAGGUCCUGUAGUCGAAGCAAUAGUUGCUAGAACAUUGAGACAAGUAGAGACAUCUCAAAGUAUGAUUCGCAUAGUUGGGCUUUCAGCAACAUUACCAAAUUAUGUAGAUGUUGCGAGAUUUCUAAGAGUGAACCCUUACAAAGGUUUAUUUUAUUUUGACCAUCGAUUUCGUCCUGUUCCUUUGAGUCAAACAUUCAUUGGGAUAAAAGCACAGAGACCAAUUGUACAAAUAGGACACAUGGAUGAAGCGUGUUACGAUAAAGUUAUCGAAAUGGUUCGUGAAGGACAUCAAGUUAUGGUCUUUGUACAUGCUCGUAAUGCCACCGUUAGAACGGCCACUGUAAUCAGAGACUUAGCAAUAAAAAACGAAACACAAAAAUUAUUUUUAUCAGAGGCACAAGAAAAACUUGCAGGCAGAGCAUUCAGUAAAUCACGAAAUAAAUAUCUUCCUGAUUUGUUCAGCAGUGGCUUGUCGGUUCAUCAUGCAGGCAUGUUACGUUCGGAUAGAAAUCUGGUUGAAAAAUAUUUUUCUGAAGGCUUAAUAAAAGUUUUAGUUUGUACAUCUACCCUUGCCUGGGGUGUAAAUUUACCUGCACAUGCUGUCAUUAUAAAAGGAACAGAAAUAUAUGAUUCCAAGCAUGGUACAUACAUUGAUUUAAGCAUACUUGAUGUUUUACAAAUUUUUGGUCGUGCUGGAAGACCACAAUUUGACACAUCUGGUCACGCAGUCAUAAUUACAACUCAAAGCAAAUUGUCACAUUAUUUGUCGCUUCUAACCAAUCAGAUACCCAUUGAAAGUAGUUUUAUAACUUAUCUAGCAGAUAAUUUAAAUGCAGAGAUUGCAUUGGGAACAAUAUCGAAUGUAGAGGAAGCUGUUGAAUGGUUAAGUUACACAUAUCUCUUUGUACGGAUGAAGUUAAAUUGUUUACAAUAUGGCAUAUCAUAUCCAACUAUUGCGGAGGACCCGAACUUGGAAAAAAAACGAAAAGAAUUAAUUGAUGCGGCAGCAAAAGCAUUGGAUAAAGCUAAAAUGAUUCGAUAUAAUAUACAAACUGGUGAUGUUAACACUACAGAUUUAGGACGUAUUGCCAGUCAUUAUUAUCUUAAAUAUGAUACAGUUGAGAUUUUUAACGAAUUAUCAGAGAAUGUCAUGACCGAAGCAGAUAUACUCGCAAUGAUAUCGCGUUCUCAAGAAUUUGAACAACUUAAAGUAAGAGACGAUGAGAUUGAAGAAUUGGAACAUUUGUGUCAAGAAUUCUGCGAAGUUGCACCAAAAGGUGGAGCAGAAAAUAUUUAUGGCAAAGUAAAUAUUUUGAUACAAACUUAUCUAUCAAGAGGAUGGGUCGAAUCAUUUUCUUUGACAUCAGAUUUAGCAUAUAUCACGCAAAACGCUGUACGUAUAUGCAGAGCAUUAUUUGAAAUUAUGCUAAGACAAAAUAAUGCAAUAAUGGCAGGCCGUUUAUUGGAGAUGGCAAAAAUGCUUGAACUGCAACAAUGGGAUUAUAUGAGUCCUUUACGGCAAUUUUCCUGUAUAUCAGCAGAAAUUAUUAAAAAAAUAGAAGAACGCGAUAUUACGAUAAAUAAAUUAAUGGAUAUGGAUGUUAAGGAAAUUGGAAUCAUUUUGAACAAUCAAAAAAUAGCUGUAUUAGUAAAGAAAUGUUGCAGCGAGUUUCCAGCAUUGAAAAUGGAAUCCGUCUUACAACCUAUUACGCGUACCAUUUUGAGAAUACGCUUACAAAUUACUCCUCAAUUUCGAUGGAACGACGCAGUUCAUGGAAAAAUUUCUGAAGCAUUUUGGAUAUGGAUUGAAGAUCCGGACAAUAAUAUGAUAUAUCAUCACGAGUAUUUUAUCUUGACUAAAAAGAUGGUUUGUAAAAAUCUUGAACAAGAAAUUGUAAUGACUAUACCAUUGUCUGAACCAUUGCCUAAUCAAUAUUUGGUAAAAGCAACGAGCGAUCAUUGGCUUGGAUGUGAGAAUAUGUUGUCUUUAACAUUCCGUGAUUUAAUUUUACCGGAUAUUCAUCCACCACAUACCGUCUUAUUAGAAUUACGACCAUUAUCUAUAACAGCACUGAAAGACUCGUCUUUCGAAAAAUUAUAUAAAUUUUCUCACUUUAAUCCAAUUCAAACGCAAAUUUUUCAUUGUCUCUAUCACACGGAUAACAACGUUCUCCUCGGUGCACCAACGGGCUCCGGUAAAACAAUCGCUGCGGAAAUAGCUAUGUUUAGAGUUUUUAAACAGUAUCCUGAUCAAAAAGUUGUAUAUAUUGCACCACUGAAAGCUUUGGUACGAGAGAGAAUGCAUGAUUGGAAAAUAAGGCUGGAAGAACAGCUGGGGAAAAAAGUGGUAGAAUUAACAGGAGAUGUAACUCCUGACAUCAAAAUUAUUGCAAAUGCUAGCGUGAUAAUUACUACUCCUGAGAAAUGGGAUGGCAUUAGUAGAAGUUGGCAAACGAGAAGUUAUGUUCAGAAAGUAGGACUGAUAAUUAUAGAUGAAAUUCAUUUAUUAGGAGAAGAUCGUGGACCGGUAUUAGAAGUCAUUGUUUCAAGAACAAAUUUUAUUUCUUCCCAUACUUCAAGAAAAUUGAGAGUUGUUGGUCUUUCCACGGCAUUGGCCAAUGCAAUUGAUCUAGCCAAUUGGCUGGGGAUAAAAGAAAUGGGUCUUUACAAUUUUCGCUCGUCUGUUAGGCCUGUACCAUUAGAGGUUCACAUCAGUGGAUUUCCAGGCAAACAUUAUUGCCCACGUAUGGCAACAAUGAAUAGACCAACUUUUCAAGCAAUAAGACAUCAUGCACCUUCUAGUCCAUCCCUUGUUUUUGUAUCUUCGCGCAGGCAAACGCGUUUGACCGCAUUGGAUUUGAUUGCUUAUCUUGCAGCAGAAGAUAAUCCUAAACAAUGGUUACAUAUGCCCGAGGAAGAAAUGGAAAACAUUUUAGAAAAUAUUAAAGAUUCAAAUUUAAAGUUUACUCUUGCUUUUGGAAUUGGUCUUCACCAUGCUGGAUUACAUGAUAAAGAUAGACAAACGGUUGAAGAAUUAUUUGUCAAUAAUAAAAUACAGGUAUUAAUUACGACAGCAACAUUGGCUUGGGGUGUAAAUUUCCCUGCUCAUUUGGUUGUAAUAAAGGGAACGGAAUAUUAUGAUGGUAAAACGAAACGUUAUGUAGAUAUGCCGAUAACGGAUGUGUUACAAAUGAUGGGAAGAGCUGGAAGACCUCAAUUUGAUGAUUCCGGUGUAGCUGUUGUCCUCGUACACGAUUUAAAGAAAAAUUUUUAUAAGAAAUUUUUGUACGAACCAUUCCCUGUUGAAUCUAGUUUAUUAGCAGUAUUACCAGACCAUAUAAAUGCUGAAAUCGUAGCUGGAACAAUAAAAAAUAAGCAAGAAUUUCUUGAUUAUUUAACAUGGACAUAUUUCUUCAGAAGAUUAAUGAAAAAUCCAAAAUAUUAUAAUUUGGAUACUUUAGAACCUCUUACGAUUAAUCAAUACUUGUCAACUUUAGUGGAUACGACAGUGAAAGUAUUAUUAGAUUCACGUUGCAUAGAUUACAAUGAAGAAGAUAAUUUACUAUUUCCUCUCUCAAUGGGCAAAAUAGCAUCCUUUUAUUACUUAUCCCAUCAUACUAUGCUAAUGUUCCAACAAGCAUUAACAGAAGAUCUUGCAUUACAUGAAUAUUUGAAAAUCUUAUGUAAUUCGUGUGAAUAUAAUGAACUUCCUGUUAGACACAAUGAAGAAUUACUAAAUGAGGAUUUGGCAAAAAUGUGCCGCUAUCAAGUUGAUCAAUACACAUAUGAUUCUCCUAAUACAAAGGCUUAUCUUUUGCUUCAAGCACAUUUUUCUCGACUUCCACUUCCAUGCACGGAUUAUACUACUGAUUUAAAGUCAGUCCUUGAUCAAGCUAUUAGGAUAAUUCAAGCAAUGAUAGAUAUUGUAGCAGAGAACGGUUGGUUAGCAAGUACACUCAGAAUAAUGCAAUUAUUACAAAUGGUAAUACAAGCUAGAUGGAUCGAUGAACCUGCAGUCAUUACCUUACCUCAUAUAAAUAAGGAACACUUGCCUUUAUUUUCUUCUUUACCGGCACCUCUUCCAGUAUUAUGUGCUACUACGAUUAAUAAUUAUAAUCGACUUGUAAAGGCUUUUAGUAAAGAAUUUCACGAAGAACAGAUACAUCAGAUACAUCAAGUUAUCAAACAAAUGCCAAUGCUGUGUAUCGAUUUGAUGUUACAUGGGAACUGGGAGGAUGGUACAGAAAAAAAAAUACCGCUACAAACGAAUUAUAAUCAUGUUAUCGACCUUCAUCAAGAUCAAGACUAUACAUUAGUCAUCGGGAUGAAAAGAAAAAAUCAUUCGGAUACAUUAAAGGCACAUUGUCCCAUGUUUCAAAAGGGGAAAGAUGAAGGCUGGUUUUUAGUAUUAGGUGAUAUUUCACAACGAGAAUUAUGGGCCUUGAAAAGAGUUAAUGGUGUUAAUGAUCAGCAUAGAAUUUACCAAUUACAAUUCACAUCUCCUUGUAAUACAGGGCCAAUGAAAUUGACAUUUUAUUUGAUUUCUGAUUGCUAUAUUGGCCUGGAUCAACAAUAUGACAUACAAGUAAAUAUAAUACCUUAAAGAUAAAAUUCUGAUAUAUACAAAAA